UUAUCUUAAACCAAGAAGUUGGAAUUCACUUCCCGCGAUCGCUUUCUUUGUGUGAUAUGUACCACGUUGGAAACGGAGUUUGAAGAGGAAUUUUUACGAGAGCCUGCGGAUUAUUCUCGUCUAUACGGUGAGUCAUCGACGACUGUAUUAGGCGGUAUUAAACUUUACCGUUCAGUGAUUAUUAUUGAAUAUCCAGGAGCACAUUAGGCAUAGAAUUAAUUGAUGAAUUAGGAAAGAAAGGGAUGCCGGUUGACUGAAGAUGGCCUCCCCGACACCCUCGUUGGAAUCUCGUGCAAAUUCCCUCGGCUCCCUGGUUUCGUUAUCCCCGCUGACUGUGAGCGGGAGCUCACCACCUGCAAGCGAUUCUGCGAUCUGUGACGUCGACAGUUGCGAUAUCUGCCUGGACUCAGGCAAACCGGGCGACGGAUCCUGUCACUGUCGUUUCGGCCGUGGAGUAAGGUGCACUGGCUGCAAAUCUACCGAGUCAGACGCUGUAGCGCGUUGCUUUGACUGCAAUAAUUUUCUUUGUCCUAAUUGCGUCAUGGCACAUCAAUUUAUGCAUUGCUUUGAGGGUCAUCGGGUUCUCAAUCUUGGUGAACAGAAAAUUGAAUCAAAUGCUGAAAAUAGAACAAAUCUUGUUAUAACUGGUGGUAAUGGUACCAAUGGUGAAAAAGCUCUCUUCUGUCCAAGACACAAAACUGAAUUAUUCAAGUAUUUUUGUCGUGCCUGCACUGUACCAGUAUGCAAAGAGUGUACCAUUUCUGAUCAUCCAGGUCCUCUGCAUGACUGUACUCACAUUUCUGAGGCUGGACCACAACAGCUAGAAGCAGUUGCAAGAACAGUAGCUGAUUGCCGAGCAAAAGCAGCUGACGUUCGUGCUGCAGUUAAGGCAGCUGACCACGGUGCUGCCAGACUUCAAGUUCAGUACCACAAAGCUCAAAAUGAAAUUAAUGAUACGUUCCAGUUUUAUCGGUCAAUGUUAGAAGAACGUAAACAAGAAUUGUUAAAAGAAUUAGAGUCUGUUUUUUCAGCUAAACAAAUUUCUCUCGGUGUUGUUACACAAAAAGCUAGUGAAAUGGCGGAUAAAAUUCAACAAACUUGUGAUUUUGUUGACAAAUUAACCAAGUAUACAACAGUUACUGAAGUUCUCAUGGUAAAGAAAUUUCUAGAUUCAAAACUUCAACUGUUGCUUAGUUAUACGCCUGACUUUUCCAAUCAGUCUGCCGAUUUAGAAUUUGUAAGCAACUAUCAAGCUAUUCAAGUGGGUGUAAGAAAUACCUUCGGUUACGUUCGCAGUAGUACAGACAGUAAUAAUGUUGGACCCAGUAAACAACCACCAAUUGCAAGACCAACUGCAUUAUCUAAUGGAAAUACAAGUAGUAAUGCUAGCAGUGGACCUGGCAGUGCUGGAUCACUUGGAGGUUUACUUCUGGAUCGACCCUACAGUAAUGGCCUCGUAUCAACUAACUCGACUUGUGCAUCAUCAACUUCACCCUCAUCGUUUGAAAGCAACGUCAUCUCCAAGAGGUUCAGUUCAGUCAACAGUCUUGGACCGUUCUCUACGACUAUCACCGAUCUAAACCUCAACGGGAUGAGUAAUCCGUAUGAGAAGUGGAGCAAUGGCGGAAGUGAUGCUUACUCAGUAACCACGAACGACCAUUUCUCAAUUCCGAGCACGAAUGGCCAUUCGGCCGACUCCGUCCUCGAUCUUACAUCGAAACUAAUGUCCGCUACGGCGAUAUUCCCACCCAAGUCACAAAUCAAACGCCAGAAGAUGAUUUAUCACUGCAAGUUUGGUGAGUUUGGAGUAAUGGAAGGACAAUUUACAGAGCCUUCGGGUGUUGCGGUUAAUUCACAGAAUAUCAUAGUUGCUGACACAAACAACCAUAGAAUUCAGAUUUUUGAUAAAGAAGGAAGAUUCAAGUUUCAAUUUGGUGAAUGUGGUAAACGUGAUGGACAACUUCUCUAUCCGAACAGAGUCGCCGCCGUUCGACCUUCAGGUGAUAUAAUCGUUACUGAACGAUCGCCAACACAUCAAAUACAAAUUUAUAACCAGUAUGGACAGUUUGUUCGUAAGUUUGGAGCUAAUAUUUUACAGCAUCCACGUGGUGUAACUGUAGAUUCAAAAGGACGUAUUGUUGUGGUUGAGUGUAAAGUUAUGAGAGUCAUAAUAUUUGACCAAGCAGGAAAUGUACUUCAAAAGUUUGGUUGCUCAAAGCAUCUAGAGUUUCCUAAUGGUGUAGUAGUCAACGACAAGCAAGAGAUAUUCAUCAGUGAUAAUAGAGCACACUGUGUCAAAGUAUUCAAUUAUGAUGGUGCUUAUUUGCGGCAAAUUGGUGGUGAGGGAAUUACAAACUACCCAAUUGGUGUUGGCAUCAAUGCAGCUGGAGAGAUUCUCAUCGCUGACAAUCACAACAACUUCAAUUUGACCAUCUUCACUCAAGACGGCCAACUGGUGUCAGCACUCGAAAGCAAAGUCAAACAUGCUCAAUGCUUUGAUGUGGCGCUAAUGGACGACGGUUCAGUUGUACUUGCCAGCAAGGAUUAUCGUCUUUACAUUUACCGGUAUGUCCAAGUGCCUCCCAUAGUUAUGUAGAGUCGAAGAUGAUGGGCUCAAACUCAUCGAGAUUGUUCAACUACUCUCCAAAACUCUCCAAAGAUGAAGGAGAAUAAGCAAUCGAAUAAUGUUGAGUUGAGCUCUUCUACUACUACUACCACCUCGUCUUGUCCAUCAUCGACACAAGGAUCAAUCAAGACAGACGAUAAAUUUAAGCUUCACCGAAUCAAUCAACGCUUUAAUCAUCUACCUUUCUCUCCCAUCGGUUUUCCACCACGGUGGUCCUCAUCCACCGCUACAAAGUUCAACGAUUCCAAGCGCAAGUGCAAACUUGAUCGCAGCAUUAUCAACGAGUCAACCAUCCACCCAGAAACUUGUCGACGACCACAAUUUAAUUUAGCCAGUAAUCUUACACAAAAUGCUGGUUACAACGAUAUGACGUGGGGCGCCAGGGAUUCUUAGCAGCAUCACGACAUCUCGUCAUUGUUCCAUUAUUUACGCAGUGUACGGAUUAAGCCUACAGAAUUUGCAUCUGCACUUAUACAUGAUAUUGAUGAAAGCGAGAAUGAAAGAGAGUGAGAGUAUCCUUGAUAAACGCACAAGAUGCUCGAAAAAAAAACUACUGAAAUAAAUUAAUGAUGUAAAAUAUUAAAA